AUGAUCGGAAUUGCAUCUAUGCGUCCCUCUGCCGCUGCGCUGAAGAAGGAUGUCGGCGGAGUGGAGAGACAUAAGGCUAUCUCGAUGUACAACGAGGCACCGUUCGAGGAGAUCACGCUGGACGAGUUUGAGCUGGUCGCGCUCGACAGGUUGCAGGUCCUGCGAAAGAUCGAAGACUUGAAGGCACGAAACGUCCGGGGAGACGACUUCAGAAGGGCCCUCAGAGAGUCGCUCCACAAGUACAUGAAGCUGAGCACGUUGAACGAGGAGAGCGCUAGCGCCGACAAGCGUAAGGACACCAUCUCGCACUUCAUCCUCCGCCUGGCCUACUGCCGCAGCGAGGACUUACGGCGGUGGUUCUUGACCCAGGAAACCGCCCUGUUCAGGCACCGUCUCGAGGAGCUCUCCCCCGCCGAGAUGAGCAAGUUCAUCCCCGAACACGGCCUCUUCUUCGAGGUGGUGACGCCAGAGAGGAAGGCCGCGCUCAGGUCCAAGCUGCUCUCGAUACCGGCGGCGCCGGUGAUGGAGUUCGACCGCACGACGUACUACAGGAUACCCUUCUGGCAGGCGUCGGAUCUCAUCGGCAAGCGGCAGGUGUACCUCGAGGGCGGCUUCGCGUACGUCCCGGUGCAGAGGGUGGUGACCAUCGUGGUGGCGAGGUACCGCAUGGGCAUCUCCAAGUCCCUCAUGGAGGCGUCCAACCACUUCGCCUACGUCACUUCCGACUCCCGCUUCGGCCCCCUUCUGCAGAACAUGAGCAAGCAGUACCUGGGCCGUGACUUCGGCAACGGGGACGGCACGGACCCGGACAACAUCAAGCCCGGGAUGCUCAACUCUCUCGCGGAGAGGUCGAUGCCUCUGUGCAUGAAGCAGCUGCACUCGGCCUUGAAUCGCGAGCACAAGCUCAAGCACUGGGGGCGGCUGCAGUACGGUCUCUUCCUGAAGGGCGCCGGGCUCAGCGUCGACGACGCCAUGGCCUUCUGGCAGGCGAUGUUCACCAAGAUCAUGGGCCUGGACCAGUUCCAGAAGCAGUACGCCUACAACGUCCGGCACAUGUACGGCAAGGAAGGAAAGCGGACAAACUACACCCCCUACAGCUGCCUGAAGAUCAUCAUGGGCAACCCACCCGCCGCCGGAGACCACCACGGGUGCCCGUACCGUCACUAUGAUGAGGACCACCUGUCCAGCCUUCUCUCGCAGGUGCGCAUCGGUGCCACGGACAAGGACGCCAUCCUCCGCCAGGUGAAGUCCAAGAACUACCAGCUGGCGUGCCAGCGGCACUUCGAGGCCACGCACAAGGGCUACGAGGCGAGCGGCGUGAGCACGGACGGGGUCGGGAACCACCCGAACGCCUGGAUGCACGCCUCCAUGGAGUUCCACAAAGAGAAGGCGGCCGGCGCUAGCGGCGCCCAAAGCAGCCCUGCGGGCAAGGCCAUCGGGCGACGGCCGGGGGAAGGCGGAGCGCCGUCGCCGGCCGCCGUCGUGCCCGCAACGCCGUCGCCGUCGCCGUCGCCGGCAGGGACGGGGAAGGGGGGAGCGGCGACAAGAGUGCCGGCAAGCUGA